GAGUGUGUAAAACAAACUGAGAAGUUACUUUCAUUGAGCACGAGGCUCAAAGCGAGUGAAGAUGAGAAGAAAGUGAUUCAUGUGGACUUAGUGAAGUCCAAGGCUCACAUUGUUAGGCAUGAGGAGGAGAAGUCCCUCCAUAAGAAGGUGAGCUUCCUUGAGAGAGAGCAUAAAGGGAUUAUAGAGUCUAAGAAAGGUCUUGAGUUUAAACUUAUCAAACUUGAUAGAGACCUUCAUGAAUCACAAGACCUCUCAAAAAGAAUUUUUCAAAGUAUGGAGAAACUUUAUAAAAUUUUUGGUAUAGGGAAAAGUAUGGGUGACAAGAAAGGCCUAGGCUAUACCAAUGAGAACACCACACCCACUAUAUCCAAGACUAUUUUUGUGAAGG